AAAAGAAUUGCUUCUGUUUUUCAGUUUCUCUGUUCUUUCAUGAGUAAUAAUGGGUAUCUUCUUAAUUUUUGGGUAGCUGCCGUGGCAUGGGAGGCUGGGAAGCCACUGGUGAUAGAAGAGGUGGAGGUGGCACCGCCACAGGCAAAUGAAGUUCGUGUGAAGAUCCUUUUCACUGCUUUAUGUCACACUGAUGUCUACUUCUGGGAAGCAAAGGGACAGAACCCAUUGUUUCCUAGAAUCUUUGGCCAUGAGGCAGCCGGGAUUGUCGAAAGUGUUGGUGAAGGUGUAACGGAGCUAAAGCCAGGGGAUCAUGUCCUUCCUGUGUUCACAGGAGAAUGCAAGGAAUGCGCUCACUGUAAAUCCGAAGAGAGCAACAUGUGUGACCUGCUCAGGAUCAACACUGACAGGGGCGUCAUGAUCAAUGAUGGGAAAUCAAGAUUCUCCAUCAAUGGCAAACCCAUUUACCAUUUUGUUGGGACUUCCACCUUCAGUGAGUACACUGUUGUUCACGUUGGUUGUUUAGCCAAGAUCAAUCCCUUGGCUCCUCUUGACAAAGUCUGUGUUCUCAGUUGUGGGAUUUCCACAGGUCUUGGUGCCACUCUUAAUGUUGCAAAACCAACAAAGGGUUCCACUGUGGCUGUCUUUGGACUAGGAGCUGUAGGCCUUGCUGCUGCUGAAGGAGCCAGAAUUGCUGGUGCUUCAAGGAUCAUUGGUGUUGAUGUGAACCCAAGUAGAUUUGAAGAAGCAAGAAAGUUCGGCGUGACUGAGUUUGUGAACCCCAAAGACCACAAGAAACCUGUCCAAGAGGUUCUUGCUGAGCUGACCAAUGGAGGAGUUGAUAGAAGUGUUGAAUGUACUGGGAAUAUCGAUGCCAUGAUUUCUGCAUUCGAAUGUGUCCAUGAUGGUUGGGGCGUUGCAGUUCUUGUAGGGGUUCCACACAAAGAUGCUGUGUUCAAGACUCACCCAGUGAAUAUUCUAAAUGAAAAGACUCUCAGGGGAACCUUCUUUGGAAACUACAAACCCCGUACCGAUCUUCCCUCAGUGGUGGAGAAAUACAUGAACAAGGAACUCGAACUAGACAAGUUCAUCACCCACACUACUACAUUCUCCGAGAUCAACAAGGCCUUCGAGUACAUGCUCAAAGGCGAAAGUCUUCGAUGCAUCAUCCGCAUGGAAGAGUAGAUAUUGCUGAACCAUUUGAAUAGCACUAUUUUCAUAACAAUGCUUCAGGUUUGAAUAAGAUUUAUUUCAGUUUGUACGGUAGCAGAAAUGUUGUACUUAACCAACUUCUGGUGAGAUGGGAUCAUUCGUCUUUCCGCAGUUUCGAAAGCUUUAUUCUAUCUUGUAAAUAUACAGUAAAAAUAAAACUGUUUCCCUUGC